AUGUGGACUAAGCUGGAGAAGGAGAAUUAUCAUCUUCAUAGUGAAUUACAAACAGAGGUGAAUACUAAUUAUCGAAAUAAGAAACAGAUUAAGGAUCUGAAACAUGAUUAUGACUGCUGUGUACAAGAAAUCCAGACACUUAAUGGAGAGAUAGAACAUCUUGAAAAUGCUUCAGAAGAAGAAAUAUCAGAACUGAAGUCCAAAAUCUUCAGCCUAAAAAAUCAGUUAUAUCAAGCUAAGAAGGAUAUACGAGAUAAGGAAAAGUUUAUCUCUAGUUUAGAAAAGCA